UGCACAUUUCCUCUCCACCUGCUCCUCUGACCUACUCCAUCCUCAACCAAACUCCAGAACCAUGAGCUGCUGUGGCUGUUCAGGAGGCUGUGGCUCCAGCUGUGGGGGCUGUGGCUCCAGCUGUUGCAAGCCUGUGUGCUGCUGCAAGCCUGUGUGCUGUUGUGUGCCAGCCUGUUCCUGCUCCAGCUGUGGGGGCUGCAAGGGAGGCUGUGGCUCCUGUGGUGGCUGCAAGGGAGGUUGUGGCUCCUGUGGGGGCUGCAAGGGAGGCUGUGGCUCCUGUGGAGGCUGCAAGGGAGGCUGUGGCUCCUGUGGGGGCUGCAAGGGAGGCUGUGGCUCCUGUGGAGGCUGUGGCUCCUGUGGGGGCUGCAAAGGAAGUUGUUGCCAGUCCAGCUGCUGCAAGCCCUGCUGCUGCCAGUCCAGCUGCUGCAAGCCCUGCUGUUGCCAGUCCAGCUGCUGUAAACCCUGUUGCUCUUCAGGCUGUGGGUCUUCCUGCUGCCAGUCCAGCUGCUGCAAGCCCUGCUGCUGUCAGUCCAGCUGCUGCAAGCCCUGCUGCUGUCAGUCCAGCUGCUGCAAGCCCUGCUGCUGUCAGUCCAGCUGCUGUAAGCCCUGCUGCUGUCAGUCCAGCUGCUGUAAGCCCUGCUGCUGUCAGUCCAGCUGUUGUGCCCCUGUGUGUUGUCAGUGCAAGAUCUGAUGAACUUGCCACAGGCUUCACGUGGUUUCCCUCAACCACAACUACAGAGGCUUCUCAUUUCAUUGUUCCCUGGCCACUUCCUGAUCCUGUGGUCCUCUGGCAUUUUUCUCUGCAGCACCACAACCCACAUAUCUGUUUCAUUCUCCUGGAGGAAGUAUACAUUCCAACCUUCGGGCAUACCCCUACUCUAUGCUAGUCUCUACUUCUGCUCUGGUCUGCCUCUUCAACUCUUCUAAUGGACAAAACCACAUUCUGUCAGGGUGGGGGAACCACCCCCUGCCCUCACCCAGACUUACUUUUCCUGCUUCUCUGACUGUGAGCUCUGCCCAGCAAGGCUUCCUUCCUGGGACAGUGGGAGAGGUUCCUAUCUUUGCUUGUUAAAAUUGUAUUAAACCCCAAUUUAAUAAAAGGUUCUUUG